CGCUGAGGCGUUCAGCAAUAGGUGAAUUGUGUAGCUGAAAGCCUGAAAAGCUUGUUGUGGAGUUGUACUCUAACGAUAUAAAAGAAAAAAAAAUGACAAAUUCCGUUGGCAACGAAUGGGCUGCCGCCCUAAUAACGGAAAUAAAGGAUCCCAAAAACUACAUUAUCUCAUCCGAGAACGCUGUAGUGAUAUAUGACAAAUACCCAAAGGCGCGCCAUCAUUACCUCGUACUGCCCAAAGCAGUUAUACCGGAUGUAUUCCAUUUAAAUCUGGGCCAUUUAUCCUUACUGGAAGAGAUGCAUUUCCUCGCACAAAAUGUUAUCGAAGUGAAAAGCUUUCAGCUGGACGAUUUUAAGAUCGGUUUUCACGCGCAGCCCAGCAUGCAACGAUUACAUUUGCAUGUAAUUUCCAAGGAUUUCGUAUCCGACUGUCUCAAAAAAAAGAGACACUGGGUUAAUUUUAAUACUGAAAUCUUUCUACAAUAUCAAGAUGCUUGUAUUAAACGUUUCACAAAGGAAAAGAUUGAAGAGUUGACUGCCUCCACGCUUCAAUGCAAUCAAUGCGAAUUUGGAGCCAAAAAAUUACCAGACCUGAAGCGUCACCUGCUCGAGCAUUGGGCACAGAGGCAGUCAGAUAAAUUUUUGUUUUGAUGGGAUAACUCUUCUGUAAUGAUUGGAUCAAAAUAACCCAAUUUUCAAGAAAAAAUGCUUUGGAUAUCCAGUUAAGUAAUUUUAAUCAAGUUUUGUCUUAAUUUAUUCGAUAAAAUCAUCAACCAUACCCAUUUCUAAAUCAAACCCGAUUGAUUGUCAUUAGAACAGAAAUCAACACAACAUGGAACUCUCAUAUACCUAUCUGAGAAACAUACUAUGUACCAAGUGGAAAAUAUUUAGGGCUAUCACUGAAUCCGAAUA